AUGAGCAUUGAUACUUUCGUUCAACUCUAUGAAUUCAUUCAACAGCAUACUGAUGAUAAUAUUUACGAAUGGAUGAAAGAACCAUGGAAUGGUAAAGAAAAACAAGAAAGUCUCUUGCGUUUGUUUGGCUUCUCCCUCUAUUGUGCGCCUGAGCGCACCCCAGGAAAAUCUUCACCUAUCCAACCGGCCCUUUUUUUCCCUGGGGGUUUAAAAUUUACAGUCUGGGUUAUCGAUAUGUUUUCCGAUAAUCAAUCUGGUAUGGUUGUUACGAAUUUCACAACCGACAUAGUACAUUCGCACUCACCUAACAAUAAUACUGACCAAAAUGAUGUCUCGGUUCCCCUAUUUGAAGUCUAUAACCAUCACUUCGCGCUAUACCUCGGGACACGUGAGGAGAUGGACGCUUAUUACUCAGCAGUGCAUACGAGAGGCCUUGACGGUAUUGGUGGGAUACCCUGUUGGAGGGAUGCACACCCCCUGCAGCACUGCGACUACAUGGGCCCUGGUCAUGCGCAGAUUUGCCAGCAAGCACUACGAGAUGUGUAUCCUGAGGUAUUCAGUGGUGCAAGCAGCCCAUCAUUGUAUGGAGGCGCUACCGGGGGUGAGAUGCGACACAACCCGCACGAUUUUCCAGAACCAUACGGUAUAGUCACGUAUCGCCCGCACAGUUACACCUCAACGGCUAUUUCUUCUACGUACUCCCCACUUAUCGAGUGCCCAUGCACGUCCGACCGCCACUUCAACUUCAGCAACGGCACAAUCGAUGGAUGUAUGCCUUCUCCACCCUUCUCGUGCAAUGCGCUAAUGAAUGCCACCAAGAACCCAUCCUGCCAACUGGAAACAUACAAGUCUGGAUAUCGGUGCUACAUAGACCCAAAGAACAAACUCAGCCCCGCGACUGUCUCUGUACGUGGCAAAUUCACUUUCACAUUCCAUUCUACUAAAGAAAAUACGAAGCCCUUGUUCCCUAUGGGGUGCUGUGACGUGACUGCCAACUAUGAUGACCAGUUGUUGCCCCGAACUCAAGGAAAUGCGGAGUACACGGUUCCCUCGUGCACCGACCCUGAAUGCCCUCUACACGUCUUCUCGAACGUCCAACCAAUCAAUCCGGGCCCGGUCCUGUACGACGGUGAUGUUGAGCUCGUACAUGCAGUGGCUCAUGGUCACACCGGUGUUGUGGCCCUCGAACUUUACGACGAGCUCACUGGAGACUUGUUAUGCAGAGCUGACAUUGCUUCAGGAAAGCUGCAGUAUGGAACAUCUGACCUACCAGGUGAUGAGAUGGGUUGGCUUGUCGGUAUCGAGCCGUGCGUCUGGGGAGGAGCAUCAACUCCACCUCGAUUUCCGAAAGACCACCCCCUACGCACAGUUGUGUACUACAACCGGACCGUUAAAGAACGCAGUGGUGUCAUGGGACUGUGGUUCCUUCAAGCUGCGAAAGUGGAUUAA